GGGGACCCCGGCCGGCCCAUAAGGGAAUAUCCACGCCACCUCUCUUAGCUUCCUGUGUUUGUCUCAUCCUUUCCUCCUCCCUCUCGUGGUUUGUGUGACCCAUGGAGGAGAACCGAGAGAAGUUUGCUGAGGAGAGCGGCGGCGGCGGUGGACGAGAGCCAGUGCGAACGAUCUGCGUCUUCUGCGGCAGCAGGCCGGGGAACCGGCCGUCCUUCAGCGCAGCCGCGCUCGACCUCGGAAAGCAACUGGUCGAGAGGCAGAUCGACCUGGUCUACGGCGGCGGCAGCGGCGGCCUGAUGGGCCUGGUGUCCAAGGCCGUCUACGAGGGCGGCCGCCACGUCCUCGGGGUCAUCCCUAGCGCGCUCCUGCCCGAAGAGGUGGCAGGGGAGACAUUGGGGGAGGUGAAAGUGGUCAGGGACAUGCAUGAGCGCAAGGCAGAGAUGGCGAAGCACGCCGACGCCUUCAUCGCACUGCCAGGCGGUUACGGGACGAUCGAAGAACUGUUGGAGAUCAUAGCGUGGGCGCAGCUGGGGAUCCACAAUAAACCGGUGGGGCUGCUCAACGUGGACGGCUACUACAACAGCCUGCUCUCGCUGUUCGACAAGGGCGUCGAGGAGGGCUUCAUCGACGCCAAGGCGCGGAACAUCUUCGUCCUCGCCGACACCGCCGCCGAGCUGCUGACCAAGCUCACCGAGGCGAGGCUGGCUUCCGAGGACGAGGAUGCCGCCGCCGGCGGAGGAGAAGAAGAGGAGAAGGGCGCCGCCGCCGCCGCCGCCGGCGUCAAGAGGAAAAGAAACUAGAACAUUAUUACCAUGCAUGCAUAUGUGUUUCAUUCUCUCCGGCCAUCCACAUCUAUCUAUGCUCGUUUGUUGUUUUCUACUACUAUAUAUAGAUUCCAUUCCCGCGAUGUGUGGAUACAGCAACCAGCUAGCGCUAGCUAGCAGUCUGCUAACCUUGCGAAGCAGUACUGCAAAUUUGAUGUACACCUUCAUGGUAGCAAAUUAAUGUCCCGCCUUGUACGUACUAAUUAUGUUAAACGUCUGCGUGUAAUAUUUGCUGAUUCUCUUCUAAUGAUAAUAUAUGGCGGCAAAAAAGAAUUAGAUUUA